AUGGUGCCCACAAAUUUUAAGUUCCCAGCCUUGCACUCCUACGAUAGCCGAGGUGACCCCGAGGAUCACCUCCGCGCAUUCAUCUCUGCCUUCCGACUCUACUGCAUCCCCGAUGCCAUGAUUUGUCGAGCUUUCCCCGUUUUCCUACAAGGAACAGCCCGAAAAUGGUUCUGGGGCUUAGAACCGAGGAGCAUUUCCUCAUUGGACGAGUUGAUAGACCGGUUCAUCCACCGUUUCGUAUCGUCUCGCCCAAUUACGAAGACUUCAACUUACCUCUUGAACCUACAGCAGGCUCCCGGUGAGUCACUGCGCUCGUAUGUGCAGAGGUUCAAUGAGAAAAAUGUGCAGAUACCUGAUCAGAAUGAGCAGGUGACCAUAGCUGCCUUCACCAACGGGUUAAUUGCGGGAAUCUUCAACACCGAGAUACAUCGGGAUUACUCCCGCACACUUCGGGAACUCUGGGAGCGAGUCGACCAAGGAAUCCAAAGUGAGAACCUCAAUCGCAUGAAGCGGGAAGCUCAAGCUGCUCGCACCGGGCAAGAGUCCCGGAGGAAAAGAGACACCGGUCGAGUCGAACAGGGCCCCAGUGGCUCGUCGAAUCAAUUUCGAGAUCGUCGAAGUGUCUUCGACCGGAUCGUGAAAGGAAGGUCGUCCACCUCGGACGCUGAGCUGACACCGCUCAAUUCCAGCCGGACUCAUGUCUUGGCUGUGAUGAGGUAG